AGGAUAAUUUAUUUCAACGUUUACGCUUUUUAAAUCAUGAAAUUCCUUUCUUUUUUUUUUUUUAAUAUGCCACCAUAAAAUAAACGCAUAGGAUUAAAUUCGAUCUAUCGAACACAUCUAUUUACGCGUCUUUGCAGCUUUCAUGGAUAGCUUUAUUAAAAUCUAUACGCGUAUAAAAAAGAGAAUCGAGCAUAUAUUUUCGUUUUUCGACUUUCGAAAUACUAAUGAAGGCUACAAAGAUCCCGUAACGUAUUUGGUAAACGACUCGGUUGUUUCACGCUCUGAUGAUUUUUCUCUUCUCUUCUCCCCUCUCACCCGCCCCUCUUCCGCUGUGCCACCCAUUACUUUACGCGCGUAUGCUAUUACAAAUGCGACAGUUCAACGGCUUUGAGCAACUGUGUAUCAACUUCACGAACGAGAAACUGCAACAAUUCUUCAAUCAUCACAUGUUCGUCCUCGAGCAAGAGGAAUACAAGAAAGAAGGGAUCGUCUGGCAAUUUAUCGACUUUGGGAUGGACUUGGCCUCUUGUAUCGAACUGAUCGAGAAGCCUAUGGGUAUCCUGUCGAUUCUUGAAGAAGAAUCUAUGUUCCCGAAAGCGACGGACAAAACGUUUGAGGAGAAGCUGAACAACAAUCACCUUGGCAAGAGUCCUAAUUAUUUGAAACCGAAACCACCGAAACCGGGCCAGCAACCGGCUCACUUCGCUAUCGGCCAUUAUGCCGGAAACGUACCUUACAAUAUCACGGGUUGGCUGGAGAAGAACAAGGAUCCGUUGAACGACACGGUGGUCGACCAAUUCAAAAAAUCCGGGAACAAACUGUUGGUGGAGAUAUUCGCCGAUCAUCCCGGACAGUCGGGCGAUGCUGGUGGUGGCGGUGGCGGCAAAGGUGGACGCGGCAAGAAGGGCGGUGGCUUCUCCACGGUCUCUUCGUCCUACAGGGAACAAUUGAACAAUCUGAUGACCACUCUCAGAGCCACCCAGCCUCACUUCGUCCGUUGUAUCAUCCCCAACGAGAUGAAGCAGCCGGGUGUCAUAGAUUCUCACCUUGUCAUGCAUCAAUUGACUUGUAACGGUGUACUUGAGGGCAUUCGUAUUUGUCGUAAAGGAUUCCCCAACAGGAUGGUCUAUCCUGACUUCAAAUUACGGUACAAGAUUCUUGCACCGGCGGCGGUUGACAAGGUGGCUUCCGACCCGAAGAAGGCUGCUGAGGCGAUUUUGGAAUCGACCGGUCUUGAUCCCGAUCAGUAUCGUCUUGGACACACCAAGGCAUGUUACGCCCCCAUUAGAGAGAGAUCGCAUCCGAUUCUCGAAGCUUAUCUCGCACCCGAUUCCUCGAUCGUACACAAUACGCGCAGCGCGCCUUCUAUAUAGUCAUUGCAUUAAUCCAAUUGGAAAAAUUAAAAAUCUUAUUAAAAUUUUAUUAAAAUACUUAAUUAUGGUUCAAUCCGUUUUUCAUAUAAUAAAAUUUCUUAUACCUUUUAUAGCCAGAGUUGGCCAUUAAUCCAGUUGAAAAAAUUGAAAAUUUUAAUAAUAAAAUUGGUUCAAGAAAUUCAAUUUAUUAAAAUGCUCGGUUAUAGUCCGAUCCGUUUCUCGCAUAAUAAAUCAGAAUUUGGCUUCUGUAUGAUCAGAGUUGGCCGUUAAUCCAAUUGGAAAAGUUAAAAAUUUGAAAUAAAGUUAAUUCAAGUAAUUUAAUUAAAAUACUCGAAUAAAUAAUUUAUUCGUAGAUAUUAUAGCCGAUCUCGUACAAUAACAAACCAAAAAGAUUGGGAAAAAAAGGAGGAAGAUAAAAACGGCGCGCUGUCCGUAUCGAUCGAUCAAACGUUUAUUUCGCAGGAAUACGUGUAUAUGUUUCUAUGAGCGUUUAAAAUAAUCGAUGCUGCCUGGCAAUAAAUGCAACAAGUGCGAAUCAGUGUAUCUAACCAAAGAGGAGAAUAUCGUAAUUCAAGGUUGAUUUACGAAUCACGAUCACUUAAUUUUAAAUUUUUUUAACCCCCCAAACCCGAACGAAAUUAUCAAUGCGCCGCCGUAUCGCCAAUUUUAUCUUGGAAUUUUCCAUUUUUUUUUUUUUUGCCCACGACAAAUAUUUGAAUGGAAAAUGAUACGGAUACGGAGCGUGAACCUCUCUCCACCAUCUCUCGAUUCAACCAGUUUUAACAACCAGAAUAAGGCUGGAACUCUCAUAGAACGAGUGAAUGAAUCUCUCUGAGAACGAAUAACUCUCGGAUGCAAGUAAAUGUAAAGCGUUUGGUAGCCGAGGGUACGAGAUCAAUAAUAAGACGGAUCUCGCUCUCUGACCCCCUCCCCUACCCCCUUUCUCACGUAUCAACAAAGUGAUAGAAGAAUCACGUAUAAUAAUAAUAAUAAUAAUAAUAAAUGUUUAACCACGUGUGAUGAUUUUUUUUCUCUCUUUGUUUUUUAUUCGUUGUGGCAACCAUCCCAACCACAAAUAAAA